AUGAGUUCGGGAAGUAAAUACUCAAUACUAAUCUUCCUAAUAUUAACUGCAGAGUUAUGUAAUGGAUCUAAGCAACAAAAAGGUCCUCGUUUGGUGUAUUUUGUUAAGAGUGAUCUCACUUUUAAUCCACGAUAUUUGCAAGAUCAUUUUAUAAUCAUAGCUCCAGAUCGUCUGACAGUAAAUAUUACUCUUAAUUUUGCGGUGGAUUUCAUCAAUGAUCCCUGGGCUGAAAUUAUGUUGGGAGUUAAAAAUCGCAAGGACAACAAUUAUCGCAAUUUGUUUAAAUACGACAUUAAUGUUUGUACAGUUUUGGGAAAAUCUGGUGUUAACCAGUUGAAUAAAUUCGCUCUCGGUUGGAUCAAUAAUGUGUGGAAAUAUGGAAAUUUACCAAAGAGUUGUCCGUUAAAGAAAGACAAUUACAGCUUUAUAAACCUGAGACCUGAAAAGAUAAAUAUACCGAAUUUUAUACCUUUGGGACGAUAUCGCGCUGUUGUUUAUACAUAUUUUCGUGAAGGUGUCUCUAAGGAUUAUAUAGCUAAUUGUACUGUGUAUGUGGAUAUUAAAUAA